GUCGUGACUUGGACGAGUGUCGGGCGGCGCUGGACGAAGCUGGGAGUGCAGAGCUUGCCGCGCAGCUGCUGCUUGAUGAGAGCGGGGGGCAUCCGGAGCCGUCCGUGCUCGUUGCGACGGCCGAGGAAGACGCCAUGCUGCAGCGCGAUCUGGGCCUCGUGUCUGCGGCGUGUCUCGAGGAUCUCGGCUCGCGCCUGGCGACACUGACGGCGGCUGAGCGGCGGGUACCCCUGGCCCGCACUGGGAAGGAGGUCGACACGAAGUUGUGGGCUGAGGUGGCGAACGCCGCACGCUGCGCUGUGGUGGAACGCAGGGGCGGGUUUUGUCAGUACUCUGCGCCGUUCCUGCUUGGCGCUGCGGAGGUGGCCGGGCCGGAACUCUGGAGGCUGUUGACAAUCUAUGAGAUGCAGGCUGCAGAGCUCUUGCCGCGAAGGCAGCAGGUAGAGAGAAGCCCACUCAUCCAGGUGCCAUCUGGCUGCACUGGUUUGGCGUGCGCCGUGUCUAAUUUCCUCGGACAGACCGAGGAGGUAGACGUGAGGAUCUAUGGCUACGGAAAGCUGGACCGGGUCAUGCGGUUGAAGGUCGGCGAGUCAGAGCACUCGGCUUUAGUUUAUGAUCCGGCGUGCACCUUCUGCCCGAUCGGGAUCAGCGUCGGUGGAGUUGGCGUGACUCGUUUCACGCUGUACCCGCGCUCCGAUGUGGCGCAAGAGGAUGCUGGCGGUCUUCCUCUGUCGGUGGUGCUCUGGGAACUGCUGCUUCGGGACCAGCGCUUGCCUGAGGCUCUGGAAUUGCUGAGGAGCCUGCGUGCGACUGCACCUGGAGUUGCAAUCAUGGGGGCUGGUGCCGCGAUGCUGCUGAGCCAACCAGGCCACGGGAUUGUCAUCGUGGAGUGGUCUCGUUCGGAGAUCUGGGUGUCCCCGGUGAGCUUCGAGGGCAUCCUGGUGCACGCGAACCACUGCGUCGUUGGCUCUCCGCACGUGGAUGCGGCGCACAGGAACGUGCACAAGCUGAACGAAGACAGCAGGUGGCGACAGGCGGCCGUCGAGGAGUUCUACGCGGCUGAACUGCUAUCCGGUAAGGGCCUGCAGCUUUCAGUUGCCCAAGUGCAGGCCGCCUUAUCUGUGAAGGGCGUCCAAAAUGAUUCGGUGCUGUCCACCGUGGUCCUGUCUCCUGCUGACCGCACGCUGCAUGUGCGCUUCCGCCUCCAGACCGAGGGGAUGGAGUUGGCGAAUGACACUGUCGCGUGUGACUUCUGGCAGGCAUUUGACGACUUGGAAGAUGCGGCAAAACGCUCCCUCGCCGCCCGGCGGCUCUGGCGGGCGCCGGGCGGGCCGCCGCGCAUCGUGUUCUCGGACGUGGACGGGACGCUGGCGCACUACGCGUGGCAGCUCGGGGACGAGGCCGAGGAUCGCGAGUGCAUCGCGCUGCCGUCCAGCACGGCUGGCGCCGCGUACAUGUCGCUGCGCACCGUGGAGCUGGUGCAGGAGCUGAGAGCCCGGGGCGUGCUGUUCGGGCUCGGGCCCCUCACGGGCGCCCGCUCCUCGACCUACCUGGCGCGGCGGGGGCUGCUGCCCGCCGCGGACUUCGAGGUCUUCGAGAACGGCGGGCGCGUGUGGCGCGACGGCCGGCCGGACGAGCGGUGGGCCGAGCGGCUGCGAGCGCAGACUGGCUUCAACGGCACCAGCGACGGCAGCCGGCCGCCCCCAGAGGCGCGGCCCGAGCCCCUGUGGCAGGCCUACGGCCAGCUGGCCGGCCUGGGGUGGCGCCUGGACGCCCGGGACUACGAGACGGGGCUCCGGG